AUGCCAGACUCCAGGCGCAGUACCCGUGACCGUCGCAGAGAUGACGACCGUUUCCAGCGUCGCGACCGUAGCAAGAGCAAAGACAGAACAUCCACCCGCCGAAAUGAUCGUCACACUCGUUCUCGCUCCAGAUCUCCAGGCAAUGAUGCUCCCCACGGCCGUGUCCGCGAACGAUCCCCUCUGAAAGGUCCGCGCAGCAACCCACGCGACCGCGAUACUAAGCGAGACAAACCUGCCACUCGCGACAUAGACAAGAAAACCCGCGACAUAUCCAUCACCGAGGGCCGUGGUCUUUCGGGCCCGGGCGUCACGCCCAAAGUCACAGACCCACCAAAGGCGAAGGCUAAAGACGAAGGCGACGUGGAUGAGGAUCCGGAGACCAAGAAGAUGAGAGCGGUAAUGGGCUUUGCGGGCUUCAAAAGCACGAAGAAUACGAAGAUACCUGGGAACGACAUCUACUGUGUAAGGAAGGAGACGAUAUCCGAGUACAGGCAAUACAUGAACAGAACGGGUGGAUUCAACAGGCCGUUGAGCCCGGGACGUUGA